UCAGUUUCAAUGCAUGGCAAGCAAACAGGGGAGUUUGUUCAAGAGCGCUCCGAGCAUUAAGAACAUUCUAUCCUUUUGAAUUAUUACAAUCAUUUUGCACAACUAUUAUACAUCCUAGAGAAAAUGACUCACUUUUUCGAAAUAGCCUAUCUAGUCACGAUAAUUAGUUUAAUUAAUAAUUUCGACGGUAUCAGCGCCUCCAAGAAGAAUCUGUUCGUAACAUGCGGAACAGUUCUCAAGUUAAUGAACACGGACUAUCGGGUACGAUUGCAUUCACAUGAUGUAAAGUAUGGAACUGGAUCCGGACAGCAGUCGAUAACCGCUACAGAAUUGCAAGAGGAUGUUAACAGUCACUGGGCGGUUAAGGCAGCCACCGGAAAACAUUGUGAUAGGGGCGAGCCUAUCAAAUGCGGUGACACUAUUCGCUUACAUCAUUUGGCAACGAAUAAGAAUCUGCAUUCACAUCAUUUCCAGAGUCCACUGUCCGGCAACCAGGAGGUAUCGGCCUACGGAGACGAGCAGGGCAUCGGUGAUACUGGAGAUCAUUGGAUGGUGGUCUGUUCUGGUGAGUUUUGGCAGCGUAGCUCCCCGGUGAAACUGCGCCACGUUGAUACCGAUGCCUAUCUUUCGGUUUCCGGACGCACUUUCGGACGACCGAUCAACGGUCAAAUGGAGGUAGUCGGUAUGUCUACUGCUCACGGUGGAACCGACUGGACGGCAGCCGAGGGUUUGUUUAUCCAUCCAACGGAAAAGGAAAGUGCCCCGAGGCAUACGGAACUAUGAGAGGCUAGGAACUGAAUAAACGGAUUGGAUGAGUGCUUUUUGGUUGCGUGUAAUUUGUUCUGAUAGUGAAUCUGUUGCAUAUUUGAUACCAAACCCGUGAGGAAUGUACUAGAUUUAAAUAGUACGAAUAAAAUGAUACCAUUUAAUAGUACCACAA